AAAAGCCCCGUCCCCGCCAACAAACGGUACUUCAUAGUAUCAUUUCUCCAAACAACGAACUCCAGCUCCGACUCCGAUCUUCCACCGUCCGAUCAAACGCCAUUCCCUUGAUGGCCUCCCAAUACAGAGAUCGGACGGCCGAGUUCCAAUUUAUGUCGCAAACACUGAAAAAGAUUGGCGGAGUUGCAGCCGUUAAUCCAUCUGAUAACGUACUCUCCCCAUCAAAAUCACCGGUCCCACAUUCUUCUAGAUCUGAAUUCAACAAAAAGGCUUCACUGAUCGGGCUGGGCAUCCAGGAAACGUCCCAAAAAAUCGCAAGACUUGCCAAACUGGCAAAAAGGUCAUCCAUGUUCGAUGAUCCACUUGUGGAGAUACAGGAGUUGACUACUUUGAUAAAGAAUGAUAUUACGGCUCUGAAUAUGGCUGUUUCAGAUUUGCAAACCCUUCAAAACAUUGAGAUUGCGGAUAGAAAGUUUUCUGAGGACAGGGUUGUGCAUUCGACGACUGUUUGUGAUGACUUGAAAAGCAAGCUCAUGGGUGCCACUAAAGAGCUUCAACAAGUUUUAACAGCAAGAACUGAGAAUAUCAAGGCUCAUGAAAAUAGGAGGCAAAUAUUUUCCACUAAUGCAUCAAGAGAAAGCCCGUUCAGACAAACAAAAACUGUGACUGAGCCACCUCCAUGGUUGAGUUCAGGAAAUGCAUUUGAGAAUUCACAACCGUCAGCAUCACCGUCAACUGGAGCUCAAGUAGGCAGCCAACUGAGGCGAAGGCCAGCUGUGGAAAACACUCCCUCAAACCACAUGGAAAUGUCAAUGUUACAGCAGGUAGUUCCACGGCAAGAAAAUUAUGCACAAGGUAGGGCUGUUGCUCUUCAAAAUGUUGAAUCCACAAUUACAGAGCUCGGUGGGAUCUUUACACAUUUGGCCACAAUGGUUGCACAGCAAGGGGAACUGGCAAUCAGGAUUGAUGAUAACAUGGACGAAUCAUUGGCAAAUGUUGAAGGUGCUCGAAGUGCUUUACUGAGGCAUCUUAAUCAAAUUUCAUCAAAUAGAUGGCUUUUAAUCAAGAUCUUUGCAGUCAUAAUAUUUUUCCUGAUGGUCUUCAUAUUUUUUGUGGCUUGAUUGAAUACUGAACCUCCUAUACUUUUAUGGUGCUAGGGAUAUGUGGGUUUUUCACUGUCCUUUUACAGUUUGUCAAAUAUAGAUUGCGUUGUUGGCUAUAGCAGCCGUAUUCAUUCUGUAAAUUCAACUAGCAUUCCCCUUUUUUUUUUCUUUUUUUCUUUUUUUCGCGUAUUUGGUUAUAACUUGUAAAAUUUCAAAAUUGUAGCUAUAAUUAGAGAAGAAUAUCUGUUCUAUUACCUUUAUGACAGUAUUACAAACUGAUAAGAUUUGGACAAUGUCUUGAUAAAGGAGGAUAUGGAUCUUUCUCCUCUCUUUUAACAGCCGCUUGUUAAUCGUGCCUUGUCUUUUAUUGAAUAAGAUAGUUGUACAAGAUUUGAUCA